GGCUGAAGUCCCGAGUAGUUUCACGGCCGAUUUCUUCGGGCUAGGCCGUGGACGCGAAACCAAAGUGGGAAUGGAAGCAGCAACCUCCCGGCGGCCUUGUGGCGCAGGUUGGGGCGCCAUGGGAUCUACCUGGCACAAGAACGUCCGCAACCGAGGCGUCUUGGCGGCUGGAGCGGACUGCUGGGGUGAGGACACCCCGGAGAAGGAGCAGCUCACUUUCAUCUACGGGGGCGUCCGCCAUUCGGAGCGUGGCAGAUCAGCGAGUAGCACCGGCGGCCGUGCACACUUCGAGGGCAACCAAGAAGGGCAUAUGAGCCGGGAAUGUUUGCGCCACGGCCGAGGCUGCUUCAAGUGUAGCGAGGAAGGGCACAUGAGUAGAGAUUGAUUUGUGGACACUUGGGCGGGACAGACCCAGAUGUGGGCCGCUACGCUUCGUGUGCGGCCAGAUUAGGCGUUUUGUGUGUA